UAACCCUGCGUUGUUGGCUUCCUUGGACGGAAUCAGUGGGGAAAGUGUUGAGUGUGUCUUACACAGCGGCUCCGUGGAAGGAUUUUACUCUUAAUUUCGCAAAGAUGAAAGUUUCGCUGGUGCUGUUGUUUUCAGGGUUUUUGGUCUGUGCACUUUUCCCUCCGACGAACUGUGCAGAGCAGCGCGUCCCCGAGGACAAACUCCUUGUUGUGACAGUUGCAACCAAACAAACUGAUGGCUUCAGGCGUUUUCUGAGGUCAGCUAAACACUUCAACUACACUGUGAAGGUCCUUGGUCAGGGUGAGAAAUGGACAGGAGGCGACUACAUGUCAGCACCAGGAGGAGGCCAGAAAGUGCGACUCCUUAAAGAAGCUGUGGAGAAGAUGAAGGAUGAAGACAAAAUAAUCCUUUUUAUUGACAGCUUUGAUUUGGUGUUUGCCUCGGGUCCCAAAGAACUGCUCAAGAAGUUCCAGCAGGCUAGACACAAGGUGGUGUUUUCCUCUGAGAGCCUGAUCUGGCCCGACAGACACCUGGAGGACAAACACCCUCACGUCAGGGAGGGCAGCAGGUUCCUGGGCUCUGGGGCUUUCAUUGGCUACCUUCCCAACAUCAAAGAAAUGGUUGCUGACUGGACAGGAGAAGACAAAGACAGUGACCAGCUGUUCUUCACCAAGAUUUAUAUCAAUCCAGAAAAAAGAAAAUCCAUAAAUAUCACAUUGGACAACAAAUGCAGAAUGUUCCAGAACCUUCAUGGAGCACUUGAUGAGGUGUUGUUGAAGUUUGAGGAUGGACGGGUACGAGUCAGAAAUGUGUUGUAUGAUACUCUGCCUGUCAUCGUCCAUGGGAACGGACCAACCAAGCUCCAGAUCAACUACCUGGGCAACUACAUCCCCAAUGCAUGGACAUUUGAGAGUGGAUGCACGGUGUGUCAUGAGGAUCUAUACUCACUCACAGCUCUUAAGGAAAGUGAGUACCCGCUGGUAAUGAUUGGCAUCUUCAUUCAGCAGCCCACCCCUUUUGUCACAGUGUUUUUUGAACGCCUGCUGAAGCUCCAGUAUCCCAAGAAGAAGCUCAAACUCUUCAUUUACAACCAGGAAGCUCAUCAUGAGCGUCAGGUCAGCUCUUUCCUGCAGGAGCAUGGAAGUCUUUAUCAGGAUGUGAAGUUGAUCGGACCUGAAGAGGAGAUGGAUGAAGCUGCGGUCCGCAACCUGGGCUUUGAUAUGUGUCGGAAGGACAAGGACUGUGACUAUUUCUUCAGCUUGGACAUAGAAGUGGUCUUAAAAAAUGAGAACACACUCAAAAUUCUCAUUGAACAAAACCUUCCUGUUCUGGCACCAAUGAUAACUCGGACUGGCAGACUGUGGAGCAACUUUUGGGGAGCCCUCAGUGCAGAAGGCUACUAUGCUAGGUCUGAAGACUAUGUGGACAUUGUUCAAGGACGCAGGCUGGGUGUGUGGAAUGUCCCAUAUGUGUCCAGUGUGUACCUGAUGAAGGCCGGCCUCCUUCGAUCAGAGCUCACAGACUACGAAUUGUUUAACUCACAUAUUCUAGACCCUGACAUGGCUUACUGCCACAACAUUCGCAACAAGGGAAUCUUCAUGUAUGUAACCAACAUGCACACUUUCGGUCGCAUCCUAUCAACAGAAAAGUAUGAGACCAGUUAUCUUCAUAAUGAUCUGUGGCAGAUCUUUGAAAACCCAAUGGACUGGCAGGAGCGCUACAUUCAUGAGAACUACACUCACAUGAUUAAGGAUAAACUGAUUGAAACUCCUUGUCCUGAUGUGUACUGGUUCCCAGUGUUCAAUGAUGUUGCUUGUGACCACAUUGUUGAAGAAAUGGAACAUUUUGGGAAGUGGUCAGGAGGAGGCAAUGCGGACACUAGAAUCCAAGGUGGCUAUGAGAACGUCCCUACCAUUGAUAUCCACAUGAAUCAAAUCAACUAUGAAAAGAACUGGCAACAAUUUUUAGUGGAGUACAUAGCACCGAUAACAGAGAAAAUGUUUCCUGGUUACUACACCAAGUGUUCUACUCCCUUGAACUUCGUGGUGAGGUACAAGCCUGACGAGCAGCCCCUGCUCGCGCCUCACCAUGAUGCCUCCACAUUCACUAUUAACAUAGCUCUCAACAGGAAAGGUGUCGACUACCAGGCUCAUUUUGACUUGGCCUUUGUAGUUAGAUAUAAACCAGAUGAGCAGCCAUCUUUGAAGCCACACCAUGACGCCUCCACAUUCACUAUAAACCUUGCACUCAAUCAAGUGGGCCUUGAUUACCAGGGUGGUGGAUGCAGAUUCCUCCGCUACAACUGCUCCAUUGAUGCUCCCCGUAAAGGCUGGGCCCUCAUGCACCCGGGCCGCCUCACCCACUACCACGAAGGCCUGCCGACCACGGCCGGUGUCCGCUACAUUGCAGUAUCGUUUGUGGAUCCCUGAGCUCCCUGGUGAAGGUACACAUCCCACCAUAUAAUCCAGACCAAACAGGACACACACUGGCAGCAUCCUUCAGAUAUGUGCAAAAGCAUCACAGCUGCUCUUUGAUUUCUGAAUUGGAGUGGUGACCAUCUGUUAUAGUUUAUUUCCUUGUUUUAAUACCCAAAAUGAUAUUGUCUCUGGCUUUAAAUCAUCAGCAGUAGAAUGUUAGUGCUCUAUGAAGUAAUGAAACAUAAACAAAGGUGCUCAAUGCAACAAGUACCAAAUCAAGAACAUAUAAUGAACAUGUUAUCAGCAAGUUACAGGAGGAGCAUUCAGACCUACUAGGCAUCAUUUAAAUGAGUGGAGCGAGCACAGGGGGCUCACUGUGUGCUUGUCGGUUUGUCAUAAUUGGACUAAUAAUAAGUGCUAAUUUAAUUGAGGAAUAUUCACUACUUAACCACAUCAACUAAAGGGAUUAGAGCCUUAUAAAGCAAUGAAUAUUACAUUGUUUUGUGGCACUUUCUCUAAAUCUAGUUUGAUGACCUUUAUUAUUUCAGUUGUUCAGCAAACAUAGGGACAGGUAGUAUUCCAAUAUACAAGGUGAUGUCUGGGUGACUGUGUACUUACACACUAAUAUCAUCUCACAGCUGUGUUUUUUGCAAUUCACUCAUUUUGUAUUAUACCCGAGCUCUUAAAGGAAGGGUUCACAAUGUUUUAGAUCUGUCUUAAAAGAGAUGUCCAAAUGGUUAUUGAAACAGUUUUCUUGCUGUAAUCAUUCCUCCUGUUCAUACUGACCACUUACAAUGGAAGUGAUGGAGGACUAAAUCAAUUCCUUGUUCUGUGCAAACAUGUAAAGUAAAAAAGUAUUUUCGAUUUUUUUUCAAGUUCAUUUGAAGCUUCAGCCGUCUAAAUGAACUGGAAAUCUUCUAAAGUGUUUUAGUGCAAAUGUAUUUUUCUCAUGGUCAAAAUGAGGAGAGGAUUGAUUACAGCAAAGAAAGCCUGUUUCAGUGCUCAUCUGGGCACCUGACUAUUGUUUUAAGGCAGACUUAAAAAAACUGUGAA